CCCUCCGCCUCCGGAGCGCUUCCUUUCCUCGGGACCAGAAGAACGCAGAGGAGCAAUGGAGCAGCUGCAGCCCUUGGCUCCUUUUUCUUCUUCUUAAGUUUGGGCAGAUCGCAGUCCAGAUCCCUGGAUCUUUUCCUUUGGCAGCAGAUCCUGGUCAAGGAGGCGAAGAUGAGCAAAAUCCAGAAGUUUUUCAAAGGCGGCGGAGAUGGAGGAGGCUUUGCCAAAGGGAAAGGCAAAGGCAAAGGCAAAGGGGGUCCCUCGCCCCAGGAAGCCUUGGCCCGGCUCCGGGAGACAGAGGAGAUGCUGAGCAAGAAGCAGGAGUACCUGGAGGCCAGGAUCCAGAAGGAGCUGGCCCUGGCCAAGAGGCACGGCACCCGGGACAAGCGAGCUGCACUACAGGCACUGAAAAGAAAAAAGAGAUACGAGAAGCAGUUGACUCAAAUUGAUGGGACGCUUUCUACUAUUGAAUUUCAGCGUGAAGCACUUGAAAACUCCUACACCAACACAGAAGUGUUCAAGAAUAUGGGCUAUGCUGCCCAAGCUAUGAAAAAAGUACAUGAAAAUAUGGACUUGGACAAAAUUGAUGACAUGAUGCAAGAUAUCACUGAACAGCAAGAUAUUGCUCAGGAAAUUACAGAAGCUCUUACAAGAAAAAUUGGUGAUGACUUUGAUGAGGAUGAGUUGUUGGCAGAAUUGGAGGAACUGGAACAAGAAGAACUCAAUAGUAAAAUGGCCAACGUUCGAUUACCAAGUGUACCAGCUACUCCACUUCCUACACAUCCUGCAUCUUCAAAGAAGAGAGUGGAAGAUGACGAUGAUAUGCAGCAGUUGGCAGCAUGGGCUUCUUAACACUGGUUCAGUGAAUGUCAUGAAUGGACCUAUGGACAGUGUUUGUUUUAUGCACAGAAUUUGGCUGUGUUUCAUACAGACCAGAAUUGGUCUUUGAUGGGAUUUUGUAGGGUUUGUGUAAUAUAUAUAUAUAUUUUUGAAGAACCAGCAUUAUUCAGUACUUGUUUAAAAAUGCUCUUUAUCAUUCAAAUGUAGCCUCGUCUGACUUUUUUUAAAAAAUGCACACACAGAAGAAAUCAUAUAUUUCUACACUACAGGUGAAAAUUGACAGGGUAGUCUGUUUCUAUGCAGUAUUAUUCUGUGACACUGAAGCUGUGUGUGGAUAAGACCUAAGUUGUGUUCAGUUCUGUUAAAACAAAGCAGUACUGAGAGUUGAUUCAUGCAAAUCUCCCAGGCUGCUGCUCUUCCCUUUGGUUUCUGCUAGCUUUUACACAGCAUACGCCAGCCAAAACACUAGUUUGCUGAAAGAGACAGCAGAGCAGCAGUACUUAAUAUAAGAUAGGAUAGGUUAGGGAAAUCUUCUUUGUGGUUUCCAAAAUAUACUUGGGCUUAUGGGAAUAUGCAGCCCAUUAGGAUUCACUAACUUCUGCUUGUUCAAGUCCUGCAAACAUUUUGCACUGUUGGCUUUCUUUGCUUUAGGGAGGGUUUUCCCUUCACUCAGCUGCUUACUUGCUUGCUUAUGGCUAUGCAUGGAAGAAAUGAACACGUGUGUGGUGUCUUGAAGAUUAAACGUGCACUUUUCGUCUUCUGGAUCUUCAUCUGCAGAGCUACUGGGGCUGGAGAGCUCCUUGCAGAGGGGAACGUCACCAUCAGGAAAACAUCAAUCACAGGUAGGCCUGCUAAAAGCUCUGUGGAUAGAGCUAAGCUACCCUGUGGUGUUUCCAUAUGUCACAUACCCUGAAACAAUGUGUUCAAGCACGGGGCCAGAGGCGGUGUCAGAUCUGUGUUUUGUUCCUCUGGGAAGCUCCAUAGUUGGGUCCAUCAACUAUACCAGCCUGGAGAUGAAGGACUUAACCCCCUUCUUACUGAUUUCAGUAAGGGGAAAAAAAAUAAAAAAUAACAAGCAUCUAUUCUCAGGACAUUCCCCACCCCCACAGUUCCCGAAUUGCUUGUUGUGAUUAAAAAGUACUUUGGAAAUGACAAAUUUAACUGGUGAAUUCCUCAACUACCUCACUUACACCCUGAAGUAUUGCUCAGUUGCACAACAUAUUUCAUCAGCAGUUCAGUGUAUACAGUGGACCCUUGUUAUACACUGGGGUUUGGUUCCAAGAUCCCCCAUGGAUAACAAAAUCCGUGGAUGCAAAAGUCCCAUUAAAUAUAAUGACAUAGCAA